AUGAGCAGGUUCUAUUGGUGUCAUCACCCAAAUGGACCAAUUCGCCGCGUCCAUCGGUCACUUAACCUCCAUGCAACAAGGAAUCUACGUCUCCUGCAUCCUCCUUUCCUCCUCAAUAUCCUCUUUAGCAAGCGGCCACAUCUCCGACCGCAUUUCGCGAAAAUAUGGACUCCUCAUUGGCAGCAUCCUCUUCUUAUCGGGACCGUCAUUUCCGCAUCUUCGCCCAACUUCGCAGCUCUCAUCGUUGGCCGUCUGAUCACGGGAAUGGGAAUGGGUCAAGCCAUUUCCGUCGCGACGGUCUAUCUCGUCGAGAUCGCCACGGCGGAUAUCCGUGGGGUGACUGCCUGUCUCCUGCAGCUUUUCGUUGUAGUUGGAAUCAUGACUGGGUAUUUUAUUGCAUAUGGAUCUCAUGAGUUAUCAGGCAGCAUGGCCUGGAGACUGCCGUUCAUCGUGCAAGCCGUCAUGGCAGCUGUGUUGUCCCUCGGGUUGCUGCUCCUGCCUUUCUCGCCCCGGUGGCUCGUCCAGGCCGGUCGGAGCGAUGAUGCCAGGCGUGUCUUGAGCAAGUUACGGACAGCAACAGCAGUCGACUCGGAACUACGUGAGAUCCAGCAGAGCUUACAGUCAGAUAGACACAAAUCAGUCGCCAGCUGGGGAGAGAUUUUUGGUCGAAACCAGAUUGACGUUGUUCUAUAUUACGCCCCGAUCCUCUUUCGACAAGCGGGUUUCACUUCCGAAAAGGCCUCGUUUCUUUCCUCAGGGGUCACCGGCAUCGUGAUGUUGGUCUGCACCAUUCCUGCUCAGAUCUGGAUUGACCGGUGGGGUCGCCGGAUGCCCCUUAUUAUCGGAGGAUUGGUGAUGGCCAUUUCUUUUAUUGUUACAGGGUCAUUAUAUGCCAGAUUUGGUCACUCCACUGGGGAUUCAGUCAUUCUCACUUCGACCGCAGCACAGUGGGUAGUCAUUGUUUUGAUAUAUGUGUUUGUGGCCAACUUUUCCUGGUCAUGGGCCGUGGUUGGCAAAAUUUAUGCCUCAGAGAUCAUUCCCACCAGGCUUCGGGCCAAGGUCUGCGCCUUGGAACUGGUCGCUAACUGGAUCGUGAAUUUCAUUGUAACUCUCACGGCCCCUCUGUUCCUACGGUCGUCGCCCAGCGGUCCAUACUUUCUCUAUGGCUUUGCCACCAUCCUUGCCGUGGCAGUCUGCUACUUGAUGCCUGAGACGAAAGGACAGAGUCUGGAGAGGAUCGAGGGAUUAUUUGAAAAGAGGGUAGAUGGCGAGGAGCCUCGCGUAUAG